AUGGUUGAAAUCCACGAAGAUAUUGCGAAAGAUGGUGCGACAGUUGAUGUGAACUUGACCUCACAGCCACAUCCCACCUUGGAGGAAUAUGAACGGCUCUUCGGCGUUGAUGAGGAUUCAUAUGAGCAGCCAACCACCACUAGGAAAGAGCUUUGGUCAUAUUACCUCUAUUACAAUGGCGAUAACGGUGUUGGUCCGGGAUCGUACAGUCAAGCCCUCUUCCAGUGGGCCUUGAAUGGCGCCGGACAUCAACCUGGCUCGAAUCCGCCCAAAGCCUGUACCGAUUCAUCAGCAUGUGUAGUUCCAUGGGCAGGGGGUACGAGAUCAGUAUCUUCAGUGGUCCUUAUUGCCAAUGGCCUUUGCUUUACUUUCAUGACGGUGAUAUUCGUCUGGCUAGGAAGUGCUGCGGACUAUGGAACAUUCGGCCGAUGGCUUCUUCUAGCAUUGACGGUGGUUUGUUGGGCACUGCAGUAUGGUAUGAUGUCCAUACGAAAUCCAAGCCAAUGGCCAACCGCAAUGGGAUUGUAUGUUGUGGCAUACAUUGCCUACGGCGCAACUCUGGUAUUCUAUGCUGCUGUGUUCCCCCGUCUUGCACGGUAUACCCCGCAUGUGCGGAAAGCCAGAGAAGAGGAUCUCAGAGAAGGUAAAAUUGACCAGGAGGAAUACGAUGCUAUAGAAUCGCUGGAAAGAAAUCAUAUCAGCAACAUUUCAACUGCACACAGCAACAUUGGAUACCUACUCACGCUCGUACUUAAUCUGAGCGUCCUACUUCCACUUCAAAACAACAGUUUCUCGAAUAAUUUGGCACUCUGCCUUACUAAUUCAUAUUGGGUUAUUCUUGGCAUCUGGUGGUUUAUUUUCCAGCAGAAAAGGCCAGGCCCGAAGAUACCAAAAGGGUCAAGCUACUCCACCAUUGGGUUCAAGCAGAUCUGGCUAGCCAUUCGAGAAAUCAGGUCGCUUCCACAGACAUUUCUGUACUUUUUCGCCUAUUUCCUUCUUGCCGAUGGCCUGAACACUACUGGUACACUUGUCAGCAUCAUCCAAAACGACUCUGUUUCAUUUUCAUUCUUGCAGAUCACAUAUCUCGGCAUUACUCAAGCUGCCUGCUCAAUCACCUCAACAUUCGGCUUUUGGUAUAUACAGCGGUAUUUCAAGUUUAAGACGAAGACCAUGUUUUUGUUCACUAAUUUCUUCACCGUCCUCAUCCCGUUUUGGGGCAUGCUAGGACUAUGGACCCACCGCAUCGGGUAUCACAAUAGGUGGGAGUUUUACUUCUACAAUGUCGUUUUCGGACUUUUCCAGGCUCCGUACUAUGCGUACGCCCAAACGAUGAUCAGCGAGUUGAUGCCACGCGGCUAUGAUAACAUGUUCUUCGCGCUUUUUGGGAUAACUAAUCGUGCCUCUUCAAUCAUCGGUCCUAAUGUUAUUCAAGCCAUCAUAAACAAUACUCACAACAGCUGGAUGGGUUUCCCAUUCUUGUUUGCCAUCUGCGCCGCGGCCAUGAUCACCAUCUGCUUUGUAGACAUCAAAAAGGGCCGUGAGGACUGUCGGAAAUUCACGGAGCAACGCAAGAUGGACCGUGUCGUGGCAGAGAGUGGUCUAGAUCCAGAUGAUAUCGCACAUGGGAAGCAACCUGUUCGUAUCAAAGAUUUUCCCGAGGUGGAAAACGAGAAUAUCAGCACUUUGCUGAGGGAGUAA